AUGUCGCAGCCCGAAAUCAAAGACAUGGGUGACCUGGAGACCAUCAACACCGGCCACCACGUGCACGACGAGGAGCAGCUCCGCAAUGCCCUCUCCAAAUCCGUCACGCUCUCCCCCGAGCUCUUCGAGCGGCUGUACCUGUCGCCCAAGAACGAGGUUGCGGGCGAUCUGCGCAAGACGUUUGCCAAUCCCACCCCGAUGGCCGUCAUGGGCUUCUCCGUCGGCGUCUUCCCGCUGUCCAUCGCUCUGAUGGGCUGGGGCGGCUCGGGCAACCUGGCCACGGGCACGACGGCGUGCAGCAUCUUUUUCGGCGGCAUGCUGCUCAUCAUUGCCGGCUUGUUGGAAUUCGUGCUCGGCAACAAUUUCCCCUUCCUCGUCUUCAUGGGCUACGGCGCGCACUUCCUCUCCUUCGCCUGCACCUUCCUGCCCUCCUUUGACUCGAUUGCCUUUGCCAGCGGCGGCGAUCCAUACAAGGUGACGCCGAGUUUCGAAGCCAGCUUCGUCUACUACACCGCGGCCCUCGCCAUCCUGUCCUUCAUCUUCCUGCUCGGCUCGCUGCGCACCAACCUGAUCUUCGUGCUCAUCUUCAUCUCCGCCAUGUGCGGCUUCUGCUUCGCCUCCGCCGGCCUCUACUACAAUAGCGUCGGCGAGACGGGCAAGGGCACCAAGUACAUUGUUGCCACCGGCGCCGGCUUCUUCGCCGCCGACAUGCUCGGCUUCUACCUCUUCCUCGGCAUGAUGUUUGAGAUUAUGGAGCUGCCCUUCCCCACGCCGCCCGUGUGGGAUUUGAGCACGGUGGUGAAGCCGAAGAGCCGCAAGGUUGUGAAGGAGGAGUAG